UAUGUAUAUAUAUAUAUAUAUAAUUACACAUAUAUAUAAGGGUGUAUAUAUAUAUAUAUAUAUGUAAAACUGCACUUACUCUUUCUCCAUCGCAAUGGCGGCGUCAACCGCCGAAGGGCCCGAGUGUUACUCUUUCUCCCGCUGCCUUCUUCUCCGGUUAUCUGAGUCGAUUCGAGAAACCCUGUCGCGAACCCCAUAUGCCCCUCCGGAAGGUGCCUCCGUCUCCAUCAAAUCCCUCGUCGAAUCCCUUCUCCCGAGCGGAGACCGGGAAGCACAGGAGGGGUUCCGGAAGGAGGUUAGAGAUUUCUUCCUCUGCUGCGCAGCCCUGGCCGCGGCUGAGGGGGACGAAUCCCCCACUCUCUUCUGGGUCACGAAAGAUCUCAUCUUUGCGUCGAAAUCGGCUUUACGAGAGCUAUCUAGAGCUGCUUCCUUCGAGUCGGAGCAGCAGAUGGUCAUUGGGCUGUUGCCAGACGUGUUGCCGGCUCUGAAAGGGGUGAUAAAGGAGAGCUGUGUGGAUACAGAGGAGGAGGAGGUCAUCGCGGCCUCGGCGAAGGCGCCGGUGGGGUAUGCUAUCGUGGCGGCUCAUCAGUUUAGGUGGCUAGUUUCCCAGGUUGCUUAUCCUGAUUUGGGUAAGUUGUUAUGGUUGGUCAUCCCGUGCGCACUAACGUCUUUGGAUCACUGGUCAGCGGAAGUGAAGGAGCAGGGUAUUGUUAGCUUUAUACACAUAGUGAAAAAUGUGAAUUCAGCUGAGUUAGGUUGGUACGAGGAGGCAGUCCUUGAUGUAUGCUGCCGAAACAUUCUUGCAGCAGAUGAGCUGUGGGAUCGUAUUGUUGAGGUGUCUGUGCUUUUAUUGACCUCUACGCAGCAAACAAAUCCUCGUAGCCCUUGGUUUGAAAGAAUGCUAAAUGAGAUGCUAGGCCACUUGGAACGCCAGCCUUUCAAAAAGGAGCGUCGUAUUGCAUGGCUUGCUCAAAUUGAGCCAGUUUUUGAUGUUAUGGGUCUGUUUAUAUUGGCACACUUCCGUCGCAUUUUUAAUCUUUUCUUUCAGUGGAUGCAUGCUGAUGAUGAAGAGACCAUUCUCCUGGUUCUAGAGCGGCUGAAGACUAUCAUAAAGCUAACAUGGAUACGGAAGUCACCCUACUUCGAAAGGUAAAGGUUGGUAGAUGAACUAACUCUUCUGUACAAGGAAACAGCAGUCCGAAAAAAUCGAGAACCUCUUCGCAUCCAAAUUCUACAGUUGUUGGUGUUGCUUCAGCAGUGAGGAACUACUGCAUCAUUUAUAUCUAACUCCAUAUUUUCUAUGGUCCCAUAAUCUCAUUUUACUUCCUGAUCCUCUUAGUUUCCCUUUUCCCAUCUAAUUUUUCUUCUCCUAAUUAGAUGCAAAGGUUCACAGUUCGAAAAAGCUUGGGAAAAGCACAUGAAUGAUCCAGACUUGACAAUGAUGAUAUCCUCCUUUAAUAAUCUGCUGAACGAGACUCUGCAACAAGUUCCUUGAGCAAUGGAGGUCACUCACAAGAUCUACACUGACCUUUUUUGAACAGGAGAACACAGUCCUAAGAAGCAGUAAAUAGAGUAGAAAUCAAUGGAAAUCCCAAUGGUUAGAUGACCGACGCCACUGAUUUAUAUUUUUGUUUUCUGGUACAUGUCAAUGGUCAGUAUAUUAAACCGGUACUAAUCAUGCCUUUGUAAACCUAGUUUGUAAUCAAGAUAAUCGGUGGGUUACAAGACUCUAAUUUGUUUCUCCAUUUGAAGUUAAAAUUUAGUGGAUAUAGAUUUUGUACUGGUAUCCUCA